AUGGAGCCAUCUCGCUACCCUCAACAAGUUACAUCACGUCGUUAUUACCAGCCAAAUCGCCUAGCGGGACAAAGACCAAUUAUAAUUGAUACUAUUCGCACAACACCAACAUCUUCAAUCAGUUUAACACCGUCACCAUCGCCGAGUCUAUUUGAAUGGGACGAAGUAUCAGUUCAUUCAAGAACUCGUUAUCGCUGUGGAGCGUUUAGUUUAUGGCAAUGUUGUACUGGAUUAAUCGUAUUGUUAUUAUUCGCUGCAUCAAUAGCCAUCCCACUAGCAGUAAUAACGAGCAAAAACUCAAACGAUUCAUCAAGUACUGUUGCAUCGGGUAAACUAACUCAACAACGACGAAUUCAUCUAUUUCAACAAACACGAGUUCAUCUAUCUCAACAACCAUGA